AUGAGCUUUGUAAGAGCCCCACCUCAUGAUGGGACAGCCUCUGCCACGUCUGUAAAAGUCUCUGGACCAAACCUCCGUGACGCCUCUGCUGCCGACAGAUUUGCUGGGGAGAACGGACCCCAAUUUAUUGUCCAAGAAUCGUGCGGUGCUGCCACAUUCAGUAAUAUGGGUCCACUUUAG